AUGACAUAUCUUCAGCAGUUGAUUGACAAGAAUAAAGAUGAAUACAACCGAGCAACGAGACAUCCUCUAACAAACGAGUUGUGUCUGGGAACCCUCUCAGACUCCAAAUUGUUCGUGUACCUCACUCAAGACUUGCAAUUUUUCAACUACAGUCUCAAUCUUCUUGGAAAGACUUUGGCGCUAUGCGAUGAACCAGAGGCUUCGGUGAGGUUAGCUAAACAAAUUGGGUUUCUUGCGGAAGAUGAGAAUACUUACUUUGCAGAUACGUUGAAAGAGUUGGAGAGUUCCGAUUUGUCAUCGGUAGUUAAAAUGAAAAAAGAGUCAAUAGUUUUGCCAGAAGUCACUCAGUAUAUCGAUUACUUGAAGUAUUUGAUCAACGACUCAACAUCAUAUUCUGAAUUGAUAACGUUUUGCUAUGUUAUGGAAAAGGUAUAUUUGGAGUGGGUAGAGCAUAAUCAACAAGCAAACAAUAUUGCCAAAGGCUUGCCCAAGAAAUUCCAAACUUGGAUAGAUUUACACAGUGGUGAUCAUUUCAUUGAAUGGGUCCAGUUUUUGAGUAAUGAGGUCGAACGUCGUCUUGAAUUGGAGGCGAAAGAUGACGACAAGUACACCAAGAUUUACGAAUCCACAUUCAUCAAGUCUUUGAAAUUGGAGAGUGAUUUCUUUGAGGCGUGCUAUUCGUAUACAGAGGAUGUAAAGUAA